GGAGCAUGCGCAGCAGCACGUGAUUUCUGUUCCACAGCUGAUUGGUCAUGCGAACCGGAAGAGCAUUUUGCGUUCUAAACUCAAAAACCGUUUUGUGCAAAAGAUUUUGGUGAAAGUCGCGCGGACAAAGAAAGUUUUCAUCACGUCGAAAUUCAGGAAAAAAACGUAGUAAAACUUUGAGGCCAUGAGUGGAGGGAGUAACAGAUCGAUAGUGGCAGCCUUUGACGAGAUAUGCCACUACCAGUCAGUGUUGAGCAAAGGCUGUGAACCAGAAUUCCUCAAGUUUACCAAGAACCAGGAUUCAUGUCGGCGCCAGUGGCUGACGGCCUCCCAGGAGCGGCUUCGCAUGCAGGAGUUCGUCACCAAGAUAACGGCCGAGAAUAACGGGCUGAACACCAAGCUCAAACAUGCUAGGAACCAAGUUGAUAUUGAAUUGAAGAAACGGAAGAAGGCAGAGGGUAGAUCAGAAGAACUGGACCAACAAAUCAUGCUGAUCCGGGAGCUACUUGCCGACAACAAGAUGAACGAGCUAUCAGAGAAGGACCGCGAAAGCCUAGCCUUCCUGAAAAGCGAGCAGCAACAGCAGAACGGCGGCACGCCCACCUGCCACCGGCUCUCGGCCGUCCACGAGCGCUCAGCGGACCUGCUGUCGCCCUCGGAUGUCAGCUACGACCACACGGAGGACGACCUGGACGUGUCCUACCUGCGGGGCGGGAAGUCGUGGAAGCGGGCCGGCGGUGGCUCAAAGAAGAGACCGAGCGCACCCCCACUCGAGGAAGACACACCUCCCAAGAAAGCGAAGACGCAGUAUAUGACUAGUCCCCAGAACAAAGUGGACACCUCAGUUGUCACGACGACCGUCACCGUGCCAGCCGACGGACCAAUCACAGCGGCCACGCACGUAGAAACGAUACCGCGAUUGGAGAAGAGCUUCUCCCGGCCGCCGGGGCCCAAGAACCGCAAGAGACCCUCACGGGAACUACUCAAGAGCGGAGAUCAUAACGUCUCUGACGAUUCUUUCUGGAGUGCCCCUGAGAACCAGCACCUGAAGGCCGCGCUGAACGCCGGCAACGUGGGCAAUCGACAGAGAGAGCAGCCAAGCAAACCGGCCAAGCCGGUCCGCCAACACUCCUUCUGCACCAAGACAGUGCUCAAACCAGAAUCCUGCAAACCGUGCGGGAAGAGAAUCAAGUUUGGAAAAUAUGCACUGAAAUGCAAGGAUUGCCGCAUUGUCUGUCAUCCCGACUGCCAGGACUCGGCCCCACUCCCCUGCCAGCCCGUGACCAUGACGCCCACCAAGAGCCGACCCUACGGACCUAACACCCAGCUGGCUGACGUCGCCCCUACCACCUCCCCCAUGGUCCCUGCACUGGUCAUCCAGUGCAUCGCUGAGGUUGAGAGGCGAGGCAUGAGCGAGGAAGGACUGUAUCGUCUGUCCGGCUCAGAGCGAAGCAUCAAAGAGUUGAAGGAGAGAGCAAUGCUGGGCAAAGACCUGCACCUGGACCGAACCCCAGACAUCAACAACGUGACCGGCCUCCUCAAGGACUUCCUGCGCAACAUCUCAGAGCCUCUCGUCACCUUCAAGCUCCACGAGACCUUCAUGAGGGCGGCCAACCUGCCUGAUCCAGACGACGCCAUCACGUUCACCUAUCAGGCCAUCAGCGAGCUGCCCCUCCCCAACCGCGACACGCUGGCCUACAUCAUCCUUCACCUACAGAGGGUCUCUGAGAGCCCAGUCUGCAAGAUGGGCGUAGUCAACCUGUCCCGGGUCUUCGGGCCCACCAUCGUUGGCCAUGCCGUGCCGGAUCCGGAACCCUUACGGAUGCUGAACGACACCAAACUCCAGCCAGCGGUUGUGGAUCGCCUGAUAUCGCUCCCCACCGAUUUCUGGAAGGCGUUCGUCAACGUCGACACGGAGAACGCAGUGUCCGGUGACAUGAACGUCAUCCCCAACAGACACUUUGGCACCCCAGAGGCGCCAUCAACAGCCGGGCACAUUGGCAUGCCGGGCUCACAUCGGACGCCCGCCAGCGUGUACAAGAAAGACACCUUCAAGAAAAAUGGCAGUAGUCGUUUUGGCCCAGUCCACACCCCCCAGACCCAGGGUAAGAUGGGCAAGAAGACCCCCUCCAGUUCCUCCAUCAGCAAGGCCAGGUCUAUCUUCUCCAAGACUCCCCUCACCCCAAGAUUUGGCAGCAAGUCAGAGAACACGGUCAAGAAGACAUCCCAUUUCUUCGCAUCACCAACACUGAGAUAGGAAAAAUGACUACCUCAGGUAAAAAUAAAAGAGUAAUCCAAAUUACAGCGUAAUAUGCUUCCGUCUUUUUCCAUCGGACGCCAUCUUUGUCCGGUUUCCAGACUCUGUAAUGAAGAUCUGCGUGGUGAUGGCUGUGGGUGCCAGGCUGAGUUUUUUUUUCACACAAGUCACAUUGACUUCUUUGCGCUUGCACCCAAAUGUAGAUGUAUGAAUUUCCACGGAAUGUUGAAAACCUUAAAUACAGUACCGUAAAUAUGGCAAAUUCUUUAAGCGUACCUUGAAGAACUUCGAUUGUUCAGGAAUGAAUUUAGGCUCCAGUAUUCCUUCCUUUUUAGGUUUGAUUCAGUCAUAAGCAAAUCUGUUAAUUUCUUUAGUAAAAUAUUAUUAUUAUUUGUUUUGUAUACAGGGAAGCAAAGUAAGAAAUGCCAGAACCAGUAAACAAUUUUUGAACAUGUUUGUGUUUCUUUUGGGUUUUUUUGGGGGGGGGGGGGGGGGUUGGGGGUUGGGGAGAGUCAACUGAUUUCACAGACUUGUCACCAAUUUAAGUGACAACUUCAUGUCUCUCUAUAAAUGGUGAAGUCCUAUCAAAAGUAAAUGUAGUUUUUUUUUUAUCACAUUCAAGCCUGCAGAGAAUUGCUGGUCGUAAGCAUAAAUUGUUCAAGUGUUAUGUUAAUGUUUGAUUACACUUUAUUUUUUUUUUAAGUUGGGCGUUUUCCCUUGUUUGGGAGUAUUUGCCAAGUUUCCAUUCUAAAUCGCGAUCAGGCAACGGUUGCUCAUAGUCUGGUGAUUUCAAAGUUUAAAAUGCGCCCAGCACGCGAACAAGUCGGUUCACCAGACAUUCAAAUUGAUCCCUCAAAUGAUUUAGGCCAGUUGCAAACAGCAAACAGUUGUAGUGUGGUGUAAAUAGCUUUUUUAAACGUAGUGGUAACUUUUCCAAUUUCUGCUUCCAGUUGCGAUGUUCAGAAAAAGGGAUCGAGAAAUAUUGAGUAACUUUGUGGCGAAGAAUGAAAGAUUAUCGUUGGAUUCGAGAUAACGUCAUUCAAACUAACUGUAAAUAGUAGUAAAAUUAAGUCCUUACUUUGUAUAUACAUUUAACAAGGGGUCAUCAACAUUUUUUUACACCGUUAAGCUUCAUGUAUAUGUAAAGUGCAGAAUAGAUUUCCCACCCGAUUCUUAAAAUGGGGAAAAAUGUUUUGUGCAUUGAACGUCAACGGGCAUUCAAAUUUCAGGUUGUAAUUCAGGGGGUUAAACGGAAUGUUGUAUAAAGCAUUAGCUUUAGGGCUUUUUAGAUCGGAGACAAAGUUUGGGGGUACAGUAUAUUGUCGGCAAAAAAAAUGUGUAUGCUUGUUUUUAUGAUUUAUUAGUUUUUGCAUGAAUAAACGUCUUUAGGAUUUAAAUGAA